CUGUUUGAUAGAUUCUAGAUUAAGUGCACAUACAUAUAUCUCUUAAACUUAUUCAAGAUAUUAUUUUGUACCCCUUUAAUCUUACGGACGAUUUUUACCCUUAUUCUUAGAAUUAACAGACCUCUACUCAUUGUCUCCUCCAUUCCACCAAGCUAAAAACCUCUGCUCAAAGCUUCAAUGCUCUUAACUUUCAGAAGAACCAAACCCAACUUCACUCUGCACUUUGCUUCCAAGAUUAAACCUUUUUCACUUCCAAAACUCCAUCUUUCAACCCUUUCACAAUCAGAAAUCAAGAACCUCAUAUUCUCCAAUUAUAACCAUGGAAAAUUUCACAGCCUCCUCAAAGACAUCAUCUCUUUACCCUCUUUCCUCUUCACAGCUUGCCACAAUCUCAAACCCCCAAAUGACAAUUACAAUACUACCCCCCAACUCACUCUUGAUUCUGUUUCAACCCAUUUUUGCUCACUUCAAGAACUCUCUUUUCAGCUCUCUACGAACCAAUUUGACAUCAAAGAUUGCAGCUUUAUCAUAGGUAAAUCACUUGUGCUUCCUAAUUUAAAGCUUAAAGUAGUUAUUGAAGCUAUUAGAAUGGUUCUUGAAGUUAUAUAUGAUGAUAGGUUUGUGACUUUUUGUUAUGGUGGACGUGUUAAUAUGGGCCGACACACCGCGAUUCGUUACCUUAAAAACUCUGUUGAGAACCCCAGUUGGUGGUUUACUGUUAAUUUGAAUCCUGCAAAGUUUGAAAAUAAGCAUGUUGUUAGGUUGUGUAGAGUUAUGGAAGAGAAAAUCGACGAUGAAGCGUUGAUUUAUUUGAUAAAAGGGUUGUUUGAAUGUGAUAUAGUGAGUAUUCGAUUGGGUGGCUGUUAUUUAGGUAGAGGGUUUCCUCAAGAAUGUGGGUUGAGUUCAAUUUUGAUUAACAUUUACUUUAAUAGUUUUGAUAAGGAGAUUCAAGAUUUAAGGCUUAAAACGAGUAGGGAGAAUCCGAGAGUUGAUGCUAAUGAACUUGAUGAGGGAUAUUCGGGAAACACUUUUUAUAAGCCGUUGAAGAUAUAUGCAGUUAGAUAUUUGGAUGAGAUAUUGGUUAUCACGUCGGGAACGAAGAUGAUGACUAUGGAUUUGAAGAGCAGACUUGUUCAGAUUCUUGAGAAAGGUAUGGAAUUCGGUAUUGAUAAGGUUAGAACUGUUAUUCAUAGUGCUACGUCUGAGAAGAUAGAAUUUUUGGGAAUGGAGCUUCGGGCAGUUACACCGUCUGUGUUGCACCCACCAAUGUCACAAAAGGCGAUUAGGGCGAGGAAGAAGUACCUCCGACAGAAAGAAGUUAGAGCUAUGGAGUUGAGAAAUGCUAAAGAGACUAAUAGGAAGAAAUUGGGAAUGAAGAUAUUCAGCCAUGUAUUUAAGAAGUUGAAGCGUGGUAAUGGUUUCAAAACUGAUUUCUCAAUUGAAAAUGAAGUCAACCAAAUUUUUGAUUCUUGGGCUGAAGAGGUAAUGCAAGAUUUUUUAGAAUCUGUCGAUGAGCGUUGGGAAUGGCACCGGAUGCUCUCAGCUGGUGACUUCCUCUCUUUGAGAAGAAUCAGAGAUCAACUGCCGCGAGAACUAGUGGAUUCUUAUGACAACUUUCAAGAGCAAGUUGACAGGUACGUAAAUCCUGUCAAAACAAAAAGGGUAUUAGAGGAACAAGUAAAGAAAGCAGAGGAAGAAGAGGAAAGGAAAUACUCUGAUCAGACGAUUGCAGAUCUGACAAAGUUAUGCAUAAAAGUUGAGGCGCCCUUAGAAAUUGUUAGGAAAGCAGUCAAACUGGUUGGAUUCACAAAUCAUAUGGGCCGUCCUAGGCCGAUUAGUUUACUUAUGGCUCUUGAAGAUACUGAUAUUAUCAAGUGGUAUGCUGGUAUAGGGAGAAGGUGGCUUGAUUUCUUUUGCUGCUGCCACAACUUCAAAAAGUUGAAGAUUAUAGUAUCUUAUCAUUUGAGAUUCUCGUGCAUCUUGACUUUAGCGGAGAAGCAUGAAUCCACGAAGCGGGAGGCAAUCAGACAUUACACCAAAGAUCUGAAAGUUUCAAAUGUUAAUGGGGUUGAAGAAGUGUAUUUUCCGACAGAAAGGGAAGUCAAAAUGAUGGGUGAUAAUGAUCUUAUUGAUCCAAAGCCUGUAGAUGUUUCUCUCGGAAUGGCAUUGAUUAGAUUAGCUUCUGAUGAGCCCCCUUACCGAUGUGCUGCUCAUUUUUGCGACAGAAGAGAUACAAUUGUCUACCGGAUUAGGUUACUUCAGAAUCUUCUUAAUUUGGAUCCGUCGGAUAGAAGUAAGUGGGUUCCGGGAAUGGGCGCUGUACAUCAGAGUCUGAGCAAGAGAUGCAUCCCUUUAUGCUCAGACCAUAUUAGUGACUUGUACUUAGGUAGACUAACUUUGCAAGACACUGAUUAUACUUCUCUAUUGCAUGUGGAUUAGUUGAUAUCCGACAUUAUUGCCGGAGUGGCAUCAAGAAUGCUGUAAACUACAGUUUUUAUACAAUGAGAAUACACCCACUAAGUCGAAGAGGUAUGGUUGAUUACUGUGUUUUACUGCAUAUAUUUCCUCGAGUAGGUUUGUUAUCUACGUAACCUGCAUAAUCUUGUUAAUCAUGUUUUAAAGUUGGAGAAGUGUUAGAUAUAAAAAGAAGUCAUCAAUGAAGCACCUGUACAACCAUGGUGCUGGGAUUUUAGGAAACAAUCACAUCAUUGGAUUCUUUUUUCACAAGAGUUGAAUACAUACUUGGCUUACUGUUUAUUGGUAAAGAAGGAAAUGACUUGAAUAUGUUCUUGCUUUCAGAACUUUGAAACAUUAAAUAUUGGCUGUAAAUGUAAUCACAUGCUCUAUCUAAAAGAAGAAAAGGUGGUGGCUUGUAAUAACAACGUUCUAAUAGUUGGCUUUGACAGGAGAGCAUAAUGUUUCCUACUAAAAGAACUGCCACGAUACUGUGAACUAGUACUUACAGAUUUACAGCCUCAGAGCCUUUCUUUUGUUUAGAUGAAGUUCGAUUAUUUGUUUAAGCUCUGCUUUAUUUCUGUGAUAGAAGAAGAAUGAUUGGUCAUAAGUGAUUACGAGUUGAUGAAUAGGGAAACAUUUCCGUAAUUCUUUCAGUUGAUGAGAAGGUGUGGUUCUGAAGAUGUGAUAGAUAUAUCGGAAUUUGAGAUUCAAGUCUUUACUCUUUUCUUUUUUGUUUGAAUCUUCAUGUUAAAUCUGCUCCUCUGGUGCUUGUACUUGUUAAUUAUCUAAGAACAAAAAGCUCCUUUUCUUUUUUGUUUGAAUCUUCUUGUUAAAUCUGCUCUUCUGGUGCUUGUACUUGUUAAUUAUCUAAGAACAAAAAGCUCCUUUUUAA